AUGAAAAGGAUAGGAUUCUUUCUACGACUCCUUGCUGCCUCCUUGGCACUCGGCUCAUGGGAGCUUUUACCCACCGCCGGACAGUGGGCCCCCAAAGACGGGAGAAAUUCCAUUCCCUCUCUCUCUGGAGACUUUAUUUCCAGCCUUUUCCAGUCCUUUACCAAUGGCAAAAGUGGGGAAGGCGGGUUCCAGGAGAUACUGCAGAAGCUGGCAGCGGGCGUUGACCCUGAAAUUCCUGCCGAUUUCGCCGAAGGGCCGAUAGAAGGGCUGUUUGAAAACCUCCCUGACAUGAAGGAGUUUAUGAAAAAUGCGAAGGGGAAGGGCGGAGCGUCUGCCCCUCUGAAAACUCCAGCUCUCCAGAGUCUUGUGGAAAAGUUCAUGAGCGACAGUGGAGUGGACGGGGGCCUGUUGGAUCGCUUCAAGGACUUGCAGCAGUUGACAGAGGGCCCCCUGGACUUGAAAAAAUUGGUUUCCACCUUCAGGAGCCUCUCCAAAACACUCAAGGCUCAUGGUACCGACAUGAAUGCUCUAUUGGAGGAAGUCCUAGGAGGGGCCUAUGCGCAAGUUCCCCCCGUUGCACCCCCGGAGGAAAUGAAGCGCUUGGAGAGCAGCACGUCGGCACAGGUCCUAAAGGACUCCUUAAGGGCAGAUAUAGUGCGACCACAGUCUGUUUCCUUGAAGACCAUUCGCAGUUCAAUUGGAACCUUCACCGAGGAACUGCCGGGUGUCCCUACGGGCCCUCAUUGUGUUGCUCUGGUACUCUCAGGGGGCAUUGCCAGGGCCCCCCUACAGGCUGGAGCGAUCUUGGGACUUGCUGAGCAAUAUGCAGCUAGGGAAAAGGCUUUGAAGUGGGAUGUGGUGGCUGGCGUCAACAAGGGGGCUUUGUCUGCAAUCACCAGUCUAAGCUUUCGUCCGGGGCAGAAUGGGGAGAUCGAUUGGGCUCGAUUUUUAUGGAGCAUCUGGCACCGCUUGAACCUAGAGAGCUUUAUGCGAUGCCCCCGCGGCCUCAACGACCUUCUGAAUCUCCCCCGUAUCGUUGAAUGGCUCGCAGAUGCGGAGGCCUCUUUGUCCUCCAAAGGGGCUGACCCCGCGAACCUGCCGACUCCCCAUGAUUGCGACUUACAGGCAGCCGCAGACACAAUACUGGAGAUCUUCAACGAGAUGCCAGAGCCAGCUGACAGCACUGCGGAUGUUGGUAACAAAGGGCGGGUAGCUGUCGUUACGGCCGCGAGGAUUGGGGGGGGAACUGCGGCGUGGGAGUUCACAGAUAUAGGUAGCGAGCAGUCCUGCGUCGCAGCUCCUGAUCCCCCGCUUUCUGUCUACACGUCCUGUCAAAGAGAAAAUCUCGCGGCAGCAGGGGCACCUACUGUCUCUUCGACGCCGAAAACAGAGAGGGGCCUCACGCUGAGAGCUCUUCUGGCCACCAACGCCACUCCAGGGAUCGCCACACCCGUGCGGUUAUGGCCUCAAGGCGCACAUCGGGAGGCCUACAUGGACGGGCGAGUGAUGGCGAAUUUGAGUGUAGGGGAGGCAGUUAGGGCUUGCCAGAAGAAGCUGCGAAGGGAAGCUCUCGCGGAGGAGGAUGUACGCAAGGGUCGCGGCGUCUUCAUAGAUAUCGUAGGGACAGUCCCUUUAAGCCAACCUGAGGUAGAGUCUCAGCUGCAGGAUAUAGCAGAAAAGCUGCGGCUGACAAAAUCGUCCAAACGACACAGUUUAAACAAGCUGCCAGCCUCCCGGCUGAUCAAGCAGAUCAAAAAGAGCUUCCCCCUAGCCACCGUCCGACACGUCCUCUUUCCAGAGAAGCACUUCGAGCUCAUGAGUGACUAUGGGGACUUUAGAGGAUCGCACGCGUUGCUGCAACAUGGCCGGAUCAUGGGCUGGAGGGCAACAACACUGGACGACGUAGAGUAG